UUUUCUCCUUUUUUUUAUUGCUUUUUCUUGCGCCUAGAGAACCAAUCGGGGGGCUGACAAAGAAGACCUAGAAACGGAACAGAAGCGAUUCGAUCUCAGCCUGAAUCGAUCGCUCUUCUCCGGAGUUGGGAGUGAGAAAAGAUCAACGAGAGGAGGAGGAGGAGCGGCAGGGGAAGGAGAUGGAGACGGUGAAGAAUCUGCUGCGGCCGAAGCCCAAUCCCCAACAGCAGCUCCGCGAAUGGCAGCGCCGGCUCCGCCAAGAGUGCCGCAACAUCGAGCGCCAGAUCCGAGAUGUGCAGAGGGAGGAGAAGAACGUGCAGAAGGCGAUAAAGGAUGCCGCGAAAAGGAACGACAUGGCUUCGGCAAAGUCUCUUGCUAAAGAAAUUGUGAGAUCAAGGCGAGCUGUGAACCGUCUUUAUGAAAAUAAGGCACAAUUGAAUUCGGUCUCCAUGCACCUUGGUGAACUUGUUGCAACGGCUAGGACAGUCGGCCAUCUAUCGAAGAGUGCUGAGGUUAUGAAACUUGUUAAUAAUCUUAUGAAAGCUCCUGAGGUGGCUGCUACAAUGCAAGAAUUUAGCAAAGAAAUGACUAAGGCUGGGGUGAUGGAGGAAAUGGUGAAUGAUGCUGUUGAUACAGCUUUGGACUCCGAGGACAUAGAGGAGGAAAUAGAAGAGGAAGUGGACAAAGUGCUUGCUGCAAUAGCAGGUGAAACCGUGUCACAGCUACCAGAUGCUGUUAGGAAGGAGAAGAUGAAGCAACCUUCAGUGAGCACAGCUGUUGAAGAGUUGCCGAGGGUGCAGAGGAUGAAGACCUAGAUGAGAUAAGGGAACGACUUGCUAGGGUGAGGUCAUAGUUGGCUCGAUCUGCUUGCUUAAUACGAAAGAACCAAUUAUUAAUCAUCAUAGUAUGUCUGAGGCAUUAAGAUGUGAUAAAUGUAGUAACAUAUGCACCAUGAAUAUGAUGUCACACAUCCCAUAAGUAGUGCUUCUCUCGUGGGAUUCACUUUGAUUCUCUACUAAUUCUUGAUAGCCAAAUUUGUAUGGCAAACAUGGAGUUCAUCCAUAACCAGUGUUUAUUCACCAUCCAUUAAGAAUAUGUGACGUUGUUAAGGGACAUAGAUGAAGAAUAUUUACUACUUCGUUUGCAGUUAACUAAUAAUAUUUUCUGCUA